AUGGCAGCUGAGCUUGGAUUCCUAGCCCUCACCCAACUCCAAAAGGUGGCUCACUCGUCCCAAAAGCAACAACUGAUGCUGAUGAGUGAUGGUGGGACGAACUCAUCUACAGGAGCAGCAGCAGCAAUAGCAGGAGUACCGCCGCGAACCACGUGGAUGUGGAACCCUAGGCCAGGCAAGGAGGAUCAUCAGGAAGAGGACGAGGAGGAUGACGACGACGAGGAGGAGUCGUGGGAGGUGAAGGCUUUCGAGGAGGAUGCCGGGAACGUCAACGGCAGCACAUGGCCGCCACGGUCCUACACUUGCACCUUCUGCCGCCGGGAGUUCCGGUCGGCUCAGGCUCUCGGCGGCCACAUGAAUGUCCACCGCCGUGAUCGGGCCAAACUCCACCACCACCAAGCCCUACCUCUUCACCUUCCACCACCGCCACCACCACCUCAAAACCCUACAAACGCCUCCUCCUCCUCCACAUACAUCAUCCCAUCACCGGAAUUCUCCGCCGCCGCCGGCGGUUUGUGCUUGCUCUACCAAUUCCCAAGCCCUAAUAACCUCCACCACCCCAUCACCACCGCCACCUUCUCCACCGUGACCAAUGCAUGCACCACCACCGAUGCACCCUCCACUCUCCUCUCCAUGGCGCCGUACGCUCAGGAGCACCGCUAUAGCCGCCGCGGACCGAUGGUGGCGGUAGGACAGUCUCGCAAUCCUUACCCGCCGCCGGUCAGGAGAAAUUCAUCAUCUUCUUCUCCUCCACAAUAUUAUAAUUUCGGGGCCGGCGGGGGAGGCCAGCUGGCGACGGCGGAGGGGAAUGAUAAGGAGAUGGGAAGUAGUAGUAAUGAGGAGGGCGAGGAGUUGGAUCUGGAGCUGAGGCUUGGCCAGAGAUCCACGUCAUCAUCAUCAUCAUCGUGA